AUGGAUCCUUUUACCACUCCACCUAUGUCUCCACGUCUCCCAGGUGCAGAGAUCAGAACUAAGCACAAAGAGGGCAUACGCCGGCUCUUCAAAUUCGCUAAAAUAGGCCUGCAACAGCUCCAGGGCUACUACCACCUAGGAGACAGCACAGUUAGGAAGAUCCUACUAUACGAUGUGCCUGAAAGAGCGCGCCCUACACGCACAGGGAGACCCAGAGAAUCCCUCAAUGAACAGGAGAGUACUGAAUUGGAUCCAAAUACACGAUGA